GGACCUAACCUGACGGCGCUCCUCAGGAACAAGUCGGGGCUCCGGGCUGCGGGGACGCUGGGCGGGGGGCGGCCGGAAGCCGGUGAGGAAGACGGAGGAGCGGCCGACCGCGGGGACCCGGGUGGCGUCGGGGUGUCAGGACCAGAGUGAGGUAGCAAGAAUCACUCAGCAACAAUGUCAGCGGAAGUGGAACCCUCUGAGGGGGUGGACGAGUCAGAGAAAAAGAACUCUGUGGCCUCAGAAAAGGAAAACCAUGCCAGAAUGGCUGACCUUUCUGAGCUCCUGAAAGAAGGGACCAAAGAAGCACAUGACCGGGCAGAAAAUACCCAAUUUGUCAAGGACUUCUUGAAAGGCAACAUUAAAAAGGAACUGUUUAAGCUGGCCACUACUGCACUUUACUUCACAUACUCAGCCCUUGAGGAGGAAAUGGACCGAAACAAGGACCACCCAGCCUUCACACCCCUGUAUUUCCCCACGGAGCUGCACCGGAAGCAGGCACUGAUCAAGGACAUGGAGUAUUUUUUUGGUGAAAACUGGGAAGAGCAGGUGAAGUGCUCUGAGGCUGCCCAGAAGUAUGUGGAGCGGAUCCACUAUAUAGGGCAGAAUGAGCCGGAGCUGCUGGUGGCCCAUGCUUAUACCCGUUACAUGGGAGACCUCUCAGGAGGGCAAGUGCUUAAGAAGGUGGCCCAGCGGGCACUGAAACUCCCCAGCACUGGGGAAGGAACCCAGUUCUACCUAUUUGAGAAUGUGGACAAUGCCCAGCAGUUCAAGCAGUUUUAUCGGGCCAGGAUGAAUGCCCUUGAUCUGAACUUGAAGACCAAAGAGAAGAUCGUGGAGGAGGCCAACAAGGCCUUUGAGUACAACAUGCAGAUAUUCAAUGAACUGGAUCAGGCUGGCACCAAGUUAGCCAGAGACACUCUGGAGGAUGGGCUCCCGAUGCAUGAUGGGAAGGGAGAUGUGCGCAAAUGCCCCUUCUACGCCGCUCAAGACAAAGGUGCCCUGGAGGGCAGCAACUGCCCCUUCCGGACAGCCAUAGCUGUGCUGAGGAAGCCCAGCCUCCAGUUCAUUUUGGCUUCCUGUGUGGCCCUGGCUGCUGGACUCUUGGCCUGGUACUACAUGUGAAGGACCUAUCCUGUCAUGCUGGCAUCCUCCUAAGAGACCACUGUCCCACCCCCAAUCUCCACCCGACUAAAUUACCACCUCAGGUGACUUUUUUAAAUGCUGGGUUUGAGAAAACAAGCAACCAAUAAAAGCCAGACACUAGA